AUGUUCUUCCUCAACACACACAAAAAGAAAAACAAAAAAAAAAACAAAAAAAAAAAGAAAAACUAGAGAAUAAAAAAAGGAUAGAAAAUGGUUUUCUCGAUUAAAUACACCAUGCUUUUCUUUGCUAGCACCCUUUUGCUUCAAGGCGCUUUGGGAGAUUUGGUGUGUGAGGAAUUGCCAACAAAUGUUUGCGCAUUCGCGAUCUCAUCAUCAGGGAAGAGAUGUUUGUUGGAAAAAUCCGCAGGGGAAUAUGGGAAUGUUGAGUACCAAUGCAAGACCUCUGAAGUUGUUGUGGGAGAAAUGAAGGAACACAUUGAAACAAAGGAAUGUGUUAAUGCUUGUGGUGUUGACAGAAACUCUAUUGGAAUUUCUUCUGAUUCAUUGUUCGAGCCUCGGUUAGCUGCCAAGCUUUGUUCCCCUGCGUGUUACCAACACUGUGCUAACAUUGUUGACCUUUACUUCAAUUUGGCUGCUGGAGAAGGAGUGUAUUUGCCAGAUCUAUGCAACCAAAAUAGGAACAAUCCACACCGUGCAAUGAUUGAGCUAUCAAGCAAUGGAGCUGCUUCUGAAGAUGUUGCUUAUGCCCCUGCUCCUUAUUCCUACUAAUUUACUUACUCUAAUUUUCUAAAUUAGUAAUAGAUUCAGAAACAACCUGUCUAUCCUUACAAGGAAGAAGUAAGACUUUGUACACACCAUUUUCUCCAAAUUCUGUUUGUGGGAUGCACAGGAUAUGUUGUUGUUGUAAUAACAUGUACUAAGGUUAAUAAAAUAAUCACGUCUCAAAUUUUCA